AUGAAUUCUACUUACAAAUAUUCUAAGAUUGCGAGAUACUGGGACAACAUAUUCGGUUCCAAAAAGAAGAACUCCACUAAUGAAGAUUUUCUCAAAUAUGCUAAGAAGGUCUCUCUGCUUAACAAGUGCAUCAUCCAGGAUCUUCACGAGCAAAUCAGUUGGAGUGACUCUGACUUACAGCAGGAGCUUAUUCAGAAGAUAUUUCAUGAAAGAGAGGAUGAAUUAUCUGAGUUCAAAUAAGAACCUUCAAAUGAAAUCUCUCCCGAUCAAUUCUGAGAUACAAGCUGAGUUGGACUAUCUGACAGAUAGCGAAAUGAUAGAUUUCAGUGUGGGAAAAUUCAAUGUUCCUGAUCUCCCCCAUUUACCUUCACCUUUGGAGUAUCCUUGCUAUUUAGCAUUAUCUUUGAACAUCACAGACUCAACUAUAACCUGUCUUCUGCAAGCAGUUGCUGAAGAUUUUCUUGCACCCGGCCACCACGUACUGCUGACUUACUGUAGGAAGACAGGGCAAAAGCUGUUCAUGCUCCAGUAAGCUCACUGUGCUGCACAGAGAAGAGAGGGAGCGUAGAAGGGAUUGGGCUUAAU